GUCAAAUAGAUGAUAUCUUCAAGUCUAAUUACAAUAAGACAUAGAAUCAACUUUGUCCCCAAAGACCAAUGAAAUGCGGAAAACGUAAACGUCAUAACGUUUUCAUCGACGACGAAGGGAAAUCAAAACAAGAAAACAGAAGAAAACGGGUUGUCUCAAUCUCUUUCUCCUUGUCCCUAUCUCCCAUUUACCAACUUUCUUUGUUGUUGAGUAGCGAUAUCUUUCUAGACCUCCUGGAUCGGUUCUAACAAUAAUAAUUCCAUGUCCUGAUCAUCAGCCGCUAAUAACCAGAAUAAUAUGGAUUCAGACCCACCAUUGCACAAGGCUUACAAAACCCUCUCCGGCAAAACAGUCGACGGAAAGUUCUCCGUCCACAGCGGAAGUGCAAAUUACGAACAUGUUGCCGAUGUCGACGAAUGUGAUCUUCCGUUGAUCGACCUGACCCUUCUGGAGCUCGGCGAAGUGGAGAGAGAGGAGUGCAAGUCGCAGAUAGCUAGGGCUUCACAAGAGUGGGGCUUCUUUCAGGUGGUGAACCACGGGAUAUCGCGCGAGCUGUCGGAGAAGAUGAGGUUGGAACAAGAGAAGGCCUUUAAGCAACCGUUGGAGAACAAGUACCUGAAAUUCUCAGCUGGCAGUUACCGUUGGGGGACACCAACCGCCACUUGCCUAAAGCAGUUGUCGUGGUCCGAAGCUUUUCACGUUCCCCUCAACAAUAUUAUUAAUUCCGGCGCGGGUAACGAUAAUGGUCUCAAUACUCUCAG